UUCUUCCCCAAAAUCCUUUUCUAUUUCUUCUCUUUCUCUCUUUUUUCACGGCCCUGCAGGUGAGCCGGCCGGCGAGCUCGCCCCGGUCGUCGUCACCGAGGUGGAUCAUGCCUGCGAGCCCUCGAGCUCUUGCCGCCACUGUCGGGCUCGAGCUCGACAAGGUAGCCGUCGGGAGCUCGACGGAGAAGAAGGCAGCCGUAGUCACGGCCUGGCUCAGUCUCCCUUCCCGCCGCCCCACGCCCUUGCCGGAGCCAUUCCUCCAUCGCCGCCGAAGAGAGGGGCACCACCGGGGAGAACCACGCCUCACUGACGGCCAGAUCCGCCGGUCUCGCUUCUCGCUGGUCGUCGGCACCGGAUCCGCGCCGCGACGCCUCGCCACCGGAGUGAUGGAUGUCGAGCUCCGCCUAGUUGCCAACGUUGGAUCUGGCCUUCUCGCCAGUUGUCGGCGCCGCAUCCAACCUUACUGCCGGAUCCGCGACGCGACACCUCGCUGGCGGCGUGGUGGCAGGGAGAAGGGCGGCGACAGCACUGGCGGGAGCAGCAGCAACAGCAGCAGCGAGGAGGAUGAACGCGAUGUGGCAGCGCAUAGGAUGAGUGACAUGAACCAGUGCGCAUGCCACAGGAAGGUGAGGACAUUGAUGCGAUGCCCAUCGUCCGUGCCUUCGAUUCGAUGAGCGUCUCCGAUGACCCGAAGCACGUCGGCGUCGGGAAGCCGGAUGUGGAUGUGCCGAACGACCCAAUGUCGGUGUCGGGACCGUCGUGGCUGGCAAGGUGCAGCUGGUGAUGCAGUCCAUCGGCACCGUGAUCCCAGGCGUCGGCGGCAGCUUGCAAUCAUAGGGCGCCGCGCAGGACACGGACGCCUCCACCACCCUUGCCUUCGGCGAGCCGACGAUUGGGCAGUAGCAGGACAAGGGGGUGACGAUCUCUGGUGUGGUGAAGCGGCGGAAGGAGGACGUGGCGCAGGGCGUGCCGACGGUGGCGGCGGCGCCGGGCGACAUGAUGGCGAAGGUCCGGGAGGCGUCCGCGAGUGCUGACCAAGGCGUGGGAGGCCGUCUUGUCGCUCACUGGCGAGAACCGCGUCUCCGGAGGGAAAGGGAAAGGGGAGAGGGAAGGUGGUGAGGAGGAGGAGGGAGAGAGUAGAGCCGAUGGCGAGCAGGUGAAGCCAGCGGCGGUCAACAGCAGUAGUGGAGGGUUGGAUCAGGUGUGUAGGGGCUUAAGUGCAAAUAUGGGGCCACGCUGUACAGCCACGUAGGACGGUCAAUCCUGUCAAAUGUGCUUUGGACCGCAAUGAUUCAUUUAAACAAGUUCAUGGACCUUAAUGUCGAUUUUACAA